AUGGGUUGUCAUAAUGUUCUGGUGUGCCUUGUUAUUACUGCCCUGGUAUUUCAGGCGAAGGCGACAGUAGUAAUCUCGCCACCAAGUGCUCGAAUUCCCGUUGGUGGUAGAAUUGAAUUUCAGUGUACGGUAGAAAAGUUGGCGUCAGGCGAAUCUAUCGAAUGGCUAAUACAGAAGGAAGGCGCAAGUUCCACUCCAUUAAACGGUAGUUCAGACCACAUAGAGAUAACACAUACAACAUCCACGACUUCACCCAUGAUGGCUAGCAGUGUACUAACAAUCAGCAACGCCCAACUGGACCGUGAUCCCGGCAGUUACAUAUGCCAGGUUUCAGAUACAUCAUUCACAGCCGUGUUAACUGUUUACACUGGUCAAGCCCUGGUGACAGGGCCUAAUGACACAGUCCAUGCCAGACCUGGUCACACAGUGACAUUCAACUGUAAAAUCAACAACCUGAGUCAAGCUCCAGAAGCUGUCAUCUGGGUGUAUGAAACAACUGGUACGACGGUGGCCACUAUUUACCCAUCAGGCACUACAAAUAUAUCUCGCGGGUUCGGACUUGACACAUCAAUCAGUAAUGAAUACGACCUUAUAAUAUAUGAUGUUAAUUUGGAAGAUCACGCUGGUAACUACGAUUGUUAUUUUAGAACAAGUAGAAAUCCUGAUGGAGAAAAUACUGGUGGGAGACAAGUGGUAAUGCAUAUGCAAGAACGUUAUAGUACUCGAGACGCUCAACAUUCCCGUGAAAUCACAAUGAUGGGAAAUCCAGAAGAUGUUAAAGAUGUAUUACAACAUACACCACAACUGAAUCGUCGUAGCUGGGGAAACGCAAAAAUGAUAAUGGAAAUAAAUGCGACUGAAAAUGUCUACGCCCCCGUGUUCAAUGAAUCGUAUUACAACACUUCCGUAGAGGAAAAUCUCGAUAAUGAGUGGGUGAUUCAAGUGACAGCUUAUGACGCAGACGAUUCCUCUACGCCGGCCGGACAAAUAUAUUAUAGCAUCACGGAUGGGAAUUACAAUGGAUUUUUCCUGAUUAACGAAACCACAGGUGAUAUUUUCACCACCGUUAAUGUAGACAGAGAAACGCAGGAGUUUGUUAAUUUAACAGUAGCUGCGUUUGACUAUGGGACUCCACAGAUGUACGACACAUCACAAGUUUAUAUCCGCAUAUUGGACCAGAACGACAAUCCUCCUGUUGUCGAUCCCAGUGAAAUGAAGGCUCGUAUACCAAAUGAUUCAGCAAUAGGAACGUUUGUUAUAAAUGUUAAUGCUACUGAUGAGGACGAAGUCGGCGAACUAAAAUACACGUUCCUUUCUAAUACGGGAGAUUAUGAAUACUAUGAUAUAAAUUCCACCAAUGGCGUGAUUACAACCAUAAAGCUGUUUGAAAAUAUAAUUGAAGCUGAGCAUUAUUUGGCUGUUAAAGUGACCGAUGGAAGCGUCGCAGGUUUUGAUUAUGGUCACGUGCUUGUCGAAGUGUAUUGGCCUGAUCCAAAUGAAUGUUAUCCAGUAUUCUGUGAAACUGUGUAUGAAUACACGAUACCAAGUAACAUACCAAUAGGCACUAAUCUGACGGAAGGCUGUACAAUUCUUGCCUACGACAAAGACAAGGGACCUGAUGGCACAGUCAAGUACAGCAUUUAUCAUCCUAAUCAAAGGAUAAGAUCAAAGAAAGAAAACCCUAAAGUACUGGGUCAAGAUACCUAUCCAAAUCCUUGGGCCGUUCUUGACACAUACGUUUCAACAUACUUUCCAAAGUAG